GUAAUUUUUUUUUUCAGCGUAAUGUGCUACCGUUUAGACUACAAUUGUGCGGGGGGAGUUAUCGCCAUGAACAAACACAACUUUAGGAAAAUAAAUGGUUACUCAAACUCUUAUUGGGGUUGGGGUAAUGAAGAUGAUGACUUUUCAGCCAGGUAAGCAUUGCAUUGAUUUAUUUGUUGCUAGUGAAAUUAAAAUUUAAGCUCAUAUUAACUAAAAAUUAUAUAAAAAAAAUUAAAAAUUGACUUUGCUUUAAUUUGCAAGAAUGCUGUCCAGCACGGCCAAGGUUGAGAUUUGUGGAAUGCUCUACAUCAUCACCCUGCACAGUUUAAGCAAAAUCAGUUUUAUUUAUAUAGCCUAUCUUUCCCCAAUGUUAUAGUACAGUGUGAACUGAGCCAUAAACAAAUUCUUUUAAUCUGGAUACUCACUGAUAUUAUGUCAUGUAAAGUAAUAUAUUUGUAUCAACCAAGCAAACAGUAAGUGUAAAGCAGUGAUUGAAAUGUUUGAUAUGCAGCAUUACUCUGAGUUGUAAAUCUUGACACGACCCCUCCUCCCAACCCCCAACCCCUAACCCCCAACUUCCCUGUAUUUAGAGUUUUAUCAAAAGUGGAAGAGAAAGGACAGCAUUGAACCUAUUAUUACAAAUAUUUUAGAAUCCCCUUAUAAAUUUUAGGUAGAAAUGUUGUGAAAAUUUAAAAUUGUAAAAUUGCUAUUCAAUGCAUAGUUCAAAAGAUAUUUUCUACUUCCUUUGAAACCAGAAUUCAAGACUCUAAUAUUUUAGAAUCCCCUUAUAAAUUUUAGGUAGAAAUGUUGUGAAAAUUUAAAAUUGUAAAAUUGCUAUUCAAUGCAUAGUUCAAAAGAUAUUUUCUACUUCCUUUGAAACCAGAAUUCAAGACUCAGGUCUCUUGUCGACCAGGCCACCAGCACAUGUUGGAAGAUAUAAGAUGGUUAGACCCACAAAAGAAACCUGAUCUGAACAUGGGUCUGUUGAAAUUAUAUAUUACUAUUGUUUAUGCUUAUGGAGCAAUGAGCUUCAAUAAUUAUAUUUCAUUAACACUUUGAUAAACUUGCAUCUAAAAAAAUUGAAAAGAUUUGCCAAUAGAAUUGCUCAUAAAAUUGUAUGAAUAAAUUUUGCUUACAAAUUAAAGUGGGUCAUCACAUGCUCAAUAGUUAUGGUGUCCGUCUCUUGACCCACUAGGGUUCAAAUUUGUUUGGGUACAAUGGGCUAAUGGGCCAUGUUAGCCAAGUAAGUCAGCUUCUUUUUGGGUGGAUUUUAACCCUGUAUUAAUAAUCCUUAACCUCUGAGGUGUGAAGAUAGUCGCUAACAUUGUCUGGUAUUAAUAAUUCUUCUUCUUAUGCCUUUUACCCCUCCUGGGGCAUAGGCCGUCCACAAGAAUUUUGCACUCAUCACGGUCCUGUGCUUUCGUUUCCAACUGCUUCCAGGCAUAUCCCAUAUUUUGUGUGCCUGCCUCUAGCUCAUGUCUCCAUGUAUUCUUAGGCCUUCCUCUCUUUCUUUUUCCCUGUGGGUUCCAUGUUAGGCAUUGUCUGGUGGUGCUAUCUGGGGGUUUUUCGGAGCGUAUACCCUAUCCACUUCCAUCUUUUCUUUAUGAUAUCUUCAUCAAUUAAUCAUUUCCUUCACAAAAAUAGCUGGUGUUAAGGACUUGAAUGUAUAUUGUUAUUGCAUGUUGUUAAGAGAUUAUGUGUGUUUUUUAAUCUAUUAUUCUUAUUAUCUUGUGACGUAUUGUGUGAAAGGGGAGAUGACGUAGUAUUCUUGAUUAGUGUGUUGUGGUCUUGUGAGCAAUGGCAGUUGAAGAUGUAGCUUAGUUCGUUAAUAAAGAUAUUUAAUAUGAGAAUAAUGGUUUGUGAAGUGUAUAUGUAAUUAAAGCCCUAGACAACGAACCUUUUAAGUAAGACAGGAAUAAACCUAUAAUUUUAUUUUAAACAGGAGACUUUUUAAAAACUGGUAUUCCCUUCCCUCUUAAACUACCAUUAAGAAAGAACAACAAAUUUAAACAUUAGCCACAAGUAUCCAGUUUUUCUCAAAGCGCCUUAAUCCAAUUUCAAACAAGUGAAAUUGUAAUUUUUUAUCAAUUUUUGCCCCCGAUAGUGGCUCCCCAGUCCCCACAACACUGUUUGGGAACCUCUGCAUUAGAUGAUACCUUCUCAUACAUUCUUACCUUUGAAUUUGAAACUAAGUAGUUAACCAUAAAAUGCAAUCUUAUAUACUAUCUUACUUUCAGAAAUGAAAUGUUUUUAGGCUGGAGGACAAGGUGGCCUAAAGAUGGAUUAAAUGAUCCAGUGGGAAUGAACUACACACUUCGUGAGGUCAAUGAAAAGCCUCUCUAUACUAGAGUUUUAGUGGACAUUGGAAAGCCACCGGCCAGUAUGGAUAUUUACAUGACAGAUCAUUCUAAGGAUGUUUCAAUUUGGUGGUAAGCGGCUCUGCAUUUGUAAUAAGGGGAGAGACUGCAAUCAGGUUAGUACAAAAUAAAAUGUGUAAAACAGAGUAGGGUUAAACCUGAAAAAAUAAACGCAACAAAACAGCGAACGUGUCGGCAGAAAGCCUUCGUCAGCGAACAAAACAACAGAAAA